AUGACCCACUCCUCUCGCAAGCGCGGCUGGUGCGUCAAUCCAGAAUGCCGCCACCACAAUGACUCGCACGAAGUUGAAACUUGUCGGGCGAGAAGGUGCACCAUCCAGUGGAAACGCUGCAAUGUCGCUCCUGACUGUGCCGGCGUGCAGCUGCGAAUCUGCAAGACCUGUCCAAACCACCCAGGUGCCGGCCCUAGUCACUGGGAGAAUGGCAGCAAUAUUCGUUCCGCCGAUAACAACACCUAA